UCAAAAUUUCCAUCUUUUAUAUUUUCCGUUUAGAAUUUGUCAUUACAACAAAAGCGUACGUGUUUUUGUUUCUUGUACAUGCAUAGUAUUGUGUGGUGGAGAGAUGGACAAAACAAAAGUUGCAGGUUUUGAAGAGUCUGAGUUUGGAGAGGCAAAGGUGAAGCAAUAUAAAAUGGAGCACUAUCUGAAUCACUUUGGAGGAAUCAAAGUGGACAGAAUUGUAGGAGUGUUCAAUUUCAAAGGGGAGAGGCUAACGAGCUUGAUCAUUGCGCAGCCGAAAUUAUGCAGACUCAAGCUCUUUGCCUUUGCUGCCACAACCAUUUUGCUUCUCUCUGUCUGUGCAGUGCAGUUGAGCACGCUCAGCGAUAUCAUGAAGCCCCGGGUCUUGAUGUUCCGCGCUAACUCUCAGGUUAUUGCUCCGCCUCAACCACAAACAACUGAAACUGAAAGGGAUUAUGAGAAUAAUGGAUAUCUGAUGGUCUCAUCAAAUGGAGGGUUGAAUCAAAUGCGAGCUGGUAUUUGUGACAUGGUAGCUAUUGCAAGGUUUAUGAAUGUCACACUUAUAGUUCCUGAGUUGGAUAAUACCUCCUUUUGGAAUGAUCGCAGUCGGUUUGAGGACAUAUUUGAUGUGGAUUACUUCAUAUCAUCGCUGAGAGAUGAGGUUCGGAUAUUGAAAGUUCUGCCUCAUAACCAGAUCAGGAGAGUGGAGAUAGCUACUCUCUAUUCCAUGCCACCUGCUAGUUGGUCUAACAUGUCAUAUUACGACCAAGUGAUUCUUCCUCGGAUAAAGAAGUAUGGAGUUCUGCAUUUUACUAAAACUGAUGCCAGGCUUGCAAAUAACGGGAUCCCGAAAGAGGUUCAGGAACUGCGGUGCAAAGCGAAUUACAAGGCUCUGAGAUUCACUCCUCCCAUUGAGGAAUUGGGGAAGAAGAUUGUUAGGAUUCUGAGGGAAAAGGGUCCAUUCUUAGUUCUUCAUCUGAGAUAUGAAAUGGACAUGUUGGCAUUUUCUGGUUGCACUGAGGGUUGCAAUGAGAAAGAAAUUGAAGAAUUGACAAAUAUGAGGUUUGCUUAUCCAUGGUGGAAAGAGAAAAUAAUAGAUUCUGACAAGAAAAGAAAAGCUGGGUCAUGCCCUUUAACUCCUGAGGAAACUGCCCUUGCAUUGAGGGCAUUGGAUAUUGAUCCUGGCAUCCAAGUUUACAUCGCCGCAGGCGAUAUAUAUGGAGGAGAAAGGAGAAUGACAUCUCUGAGAUUAGCCUUUCCCCAUAUGGUUAAAAAGGAAUCAUUGCUCAGAGCCUCAGACCUUGAGCCCUUCCGCAAACAUUCGAACCAAAUGGCGGCAUUAGAUUACAUUGUGUCACUGGAAAGUGACAUCUUUGUUCCUACUUAUGGAGGAAACAUGGCAAGAGUUGUUGAAGGCCAUAGAAGGUACUUGGGAUUCAGGACAACAAUUCGUGUAGACAGAAUGCUUCUGGUGGAUUUGAUAGACCAGUACAAGAACGGAACUCUGAGCUGGGAUGAAUUUUCCCAGGCAGUGAAAACAGGGCAUGCUGAUCGCAUGGGCAUCCCAACUCAAAGAUUGGAGAUUCCUGGCAAGCCCAAGGAGGAAGAAAAUUUCUAUAACAACCCAGAGGAAUGUUUGCCACCAAUUCCUAAAAAACCAAAAAGUCCGUGAAUAUUUACAUGUUACAUGUGCCAUUAGAUUCCACUCCCCAUGACUAAUGUAAAAUAAUUUUUGUUUUAUUUCCCUUUGGUUGGGAUUAGAAGAGGGGCCUGGGAUGUUUUCUUUCCUUUGAUCAACGCAAUUUUGCCAUCCAAAUACUCAAAAGCGUAAUGUUAUUCACAGAAAAGCUGAAGGUUCCUUGCACUGCAGGUUCUUCACAAUGAGGAUAGUUUCAUCAGUAAAUUCAAUGACUGAAAAAAAACAAAAAGAUGAUGAACUCCAAAGAGACAAAAAUCUUGCCACUUAAUACAAGCAUGCCGUGUCCUGAAUGUUUGCUCUAAACCAAUAAUGCCCAGGACACAAACUACCAACUCAAUUACCAAGAAAUCGGCCCUGAGUGGCACCAUUACAUUAGAAAUAAUUAUGUA